GGGAGUUAUGCAGUUGGAGAGUAACCAGCAGCUUCUGAACUUCUUCGUGUCAUUGACGUGUAAACAGCAUUCCUCACCGCUCUCUCAUGGUGGGGGCGGUUUCAACAUCUUCUACGAACGACCUGUUUUUCUCUCACUCAUAUUCGGCCACGUGUCCUACGCCUUUCGACUACAUUACACAUGGUUCGAGACUUUGCUUCGCGGUUAAUCAAUCCAUCGAAACUGUAGACAACUCGAAAUUCCUAGAAACCAAUCACACAGCAACGAUAUUGUGGAGACGGUCGUGCUAAUUGAUAUUGAUUUCAUGGAGGGACAAGUGUAAUCGGAGAUCGCAUUUUCAAGUUGAGAAAUCGAGCUCUUCAGGCAUAAAAAAAAAAAAGUCAUGGCAACUGCAACCAUGGCUUACGCAGCUGGUGCAGCUGCCCUUCUAUAUUACACGAUGAACCGUAAAUUACAUUCAACUACAUCUCAAGAGGAUGAUGAUGAAAAUGAGGGUGUUGAUGUGCCCAGCCAUACCCCUUUAGGCAUAGAACGUGUAUCGAAUAGGCUUAUACGGGCCCCUGCAACAUGGUUAGAAACGAUCUCAACCUUGUCGGAGACUCUUAGGUUUACUUACUCCGAGACUUUGGGUAAGUGGCCUAUUGGGGAUUUAGCAUUUGGAAUCAGCUUCCUUCUGAAGAGGCAGGGAAAUUUAAAUGUCAGCAGUGUAUAUGGUGGUAAAGACAGUGUACAGCUCGAAGGGGCAGAAAUUGUAGAUGAACUUAGACAUAUGUUACAGUUGUUAACCCUUUGUUGGCAUUUCUCAAAAAAGCCGUUUCCUUUGUUUUUGGAGGAGACGGGUAAUUCUGAAGAAAAUGUUCUGCUUCAAGAAGCCAAAGCAGGAAUAUUGAAACCGGCUUUUACAAUCUUAGUUGACCACCAAGUCAAAUGUUUCCUCUUGGUAAUUCGUGGAACCCAUAGUAUUAAGGACACUUUAACAGCUGCUACUGGAGCUGUGGUGCCAUUUCAUCAUACUGUAGUGCAUAAGGGAGGAGUCAGCGAUUUAGUAUUAGGCUAUGCACAUUGUGGAAUGGUUGCAGCUGCUCGGUGGAUUGCAAGACUUGCCACUCCUUGUCUGAUCAAAGCCCUUGGUGAACAUCCAGGGUACGAAGUAAAGAUUGUUGGGCACUCUCUGGGUGGAGGCACUGCGGCGCUUCUAACUUAUGUAUUACGGGAGCAGAAGGAAUUAGCAGGAGCUACUUGUGUUACAUUUGCUCCAGCUGCUUGCAUGACAUGGGAGUUGGCUGAAUCAGGCAAUGGCUUUGUUACUUCUGUUAUAAAUGGAUCCGACUUAGUGCCUACAUUUUCGGCCGCAGCGGUAGAUGACUUGCGUGCUGAGGUGACAGCGUCAGCUUGGUUGAAUGAUCUGAGGAAUCAGAUUGAGCGAACCAGAAUUCUUAGUACUGUUUACCGUUCCGCAUCAGCACUGAGUUCCCGACUUCCAUCCAUUGCCAGUGCUAGAGCCAAAGUAGCCGGAGCUGGGGCAAUUUUGCUCCCUGUUUCUAAUGGUACACAGGUUGUGAUGAAGAGGGCCCAAAGCAUGGCGCAAGCUGCAUGGACACGUCCUGGCCUUCACUUGUCCUCGUGGUCAUGCAUCGGUCCCCGUCGUCGAGCAACGGUUGUUUGUCCAAGUGCAAAAGAAGAAGAAAGCUCUUCAGGAUCUCUUGCUAGCAAAGGAGAAACAUCUGAGCCUUUUCUCAUGUCCCCCCAAAAAACCACGAGCACAACUGCUGAACUUCCCAUCUCUUCUGGAAGAAAGGAAUGGGUGUCAGAAAUUGAGUACUCCGAUGAGAUUGCUGAUCCUGCUGAUUGUAAUGCUGAUCUUGAAGAUGGGGAGGACCUCAUGGGCCAUAGUACACAUGAAGAUCGCAUGAAUGAAGUUGAGUUGUGGCAACAACUUGAGCACGAACUUUACAGUGCAACAGAAGAAGAUGCAGACGCGAUGAAGGAAAUAAGGGAAGAAGAAGAAGCAGCCCUGGAAGAGGUGGGUGGGAGUGAGGCAGAAAGGACUGCUCCAGAGACAAAGGAGGUUCACAGAUUUUUUCCCGCUGGUAAGAUAAUGCAUAUUGUUACCCUUGAUGCUGGUAAUGAGGAAAGUGAAGGGGAUACCCCUACCUCUAGUCACUCGGACAGUAACCAUUCAGCGGAGACCAAAGUUGGAAUAUUCCUUACCCCUCGGUCACUGUAUAGUAAAUUGAGGCUGUCGCAAACCAUGGUAAGCGAUCAUUUCAUGCCCGUAUACAGAAGACAGAUCGAGAAGCUAAUUAAGGAACCCGAGGAGGAAGAGGCAUGUAAUUCCAAAUCUAGUGAAUAUGCAGGAGAGGUGGUGUUAUAGUGGAAGCUAUCAUUCAACUGAUAACUUACGAGUUUUCGACGUCGUCGGUCUUUUUUGCUCUUUAGGAAUUUGUUUUUCUCUGACGGCCUAGUGACUACAAUCCUUGAUUCCUUUUAUGGUCGCAAAAGAAACCCUUUGGUGGAAGCCACACAAUGGCAGUGCGGUGUCCGUCAUAUCUUGAGUGAGUCCUCUGGGGAAGAGGUUGGAAGGUUGUACCACAUAUUUUCUUGUUAGACGGUAUGAAUAGGACUGACACACUGUAAAUAUGAUGUUGGGCAAAAGUUGAUUCAUGAUUCCUCCAUUUUAAUAAAUUGCUCCUUUGUGGCUCUGAGCA